AUGAUUACUUGGUCUCUCUCUCUCUGUAUAGACCUCACAUAUUAUGUUGAAGAAGGGAAAGGACCUGGUACCUAUUUAGGAGAUAUAGGCAAUUAUGUGAGUGGUCAGAGACAUUUAAUAAGUCCUCCUUACCCAGCCAAUCCUUGGUCCAAUAUUGCUGUUCCUACAUCAAAUGCUGAUAUGAGAGGAAAUAGUCAGCCACCAACACCUCGAUUGCAAUCUCAUCCAUAUUUAACAAAUCAACAAAUAUUAUCAUCUCCAAAGCCACAAUCAGCUGCAGAUUCUGUAUCAGAGAUGUAUCUUCAGGAUGUAGCAUUGCCUUCUGGUAGUGGCAGAAAUAAGAAAAGGACUGACAGGAGACAAGAUUACUCCAGUAGACAAUCUAUAAAGUCUUCUCAAAAUCAGAAUAGACGUGGCUGGAGUGAAGAAGAGACAUUACAAACAGAAAAUAUAACUGAUACAAGUCCUUCUCAAUAUUGUAAUCCCCCUCCAUCACAAAGUGACCUACAACAGACACCAAGGAUGAGGCCCUUGGAACAAACCAUCAGUUAUCCCAGUGAUACUACAAUUGUGGCAAGAGUGGCAGAAGGCAGUUAUGUGAGUGGCCAGAGACAUUUAGUUAGCCCUCCCUACCCAGCCAAUCCUUGGUCCAAUGUUGCUGUUCCUACAUCAGAGGCAGAUAUGAGGAGAAGCAGCCAGCCGCCAACACCUCGAUUGCAAUCCCAUCCUUAUUCAACAACUCAGCAAAUACUAUCAUCUCCAGCACCCAAACCUAACUUAACUGCAGAUUCUGUAUCACAGAUGUAUGUUCAAGAUGUGGCAUUGCCUUCUAGUAGCAACAGGAAUAAGAAAAAUGCUGGUAGGACACAGAACUUUUCCAGUAGAAUUUCUUUGAAGUCUUCUCACAGUGACGAUAGACAAGGUUGGAAUGAAGCAAACACAAGGCAAAUUGAAAGUGUAUACCCAUCCCAGUAUUGUAAUCCUCCUCCUUCACAAUCUGAUCACCAUCAGAUAACAGAGAUGAGACCCUUAGGACAGACUGUCAACUACCCCAGUGAUACAACAAUAGUAGCAAGAGGUUUCUACACACCUUACAUGAAUGAAAACAAUUCCCAUGUAGAUCCAAAGUCUGACUCAGGUGGUGACAACAAUAGUUCAUCUGGUAGACAUUUAUACUCAAGAAAUGUAUCUGCAAGUGGUAGUCAGUCUUCAAUCAACAGACCUCUGCCUCCACUGCCCUCAUAA